AUGGCGGACUACCAAGUCGAUAACCUCGAUGAAAUGAUCGAUGUCGAUAACACCGAAGCGAUCAUCCAAUAUUUCAAAAAGAAAAAUCCCAAAGAAAUUAAAGACGUGAUGACAAAGCAAGUCUCCGUUGGGUCACUGUCGCACCCGUUGUCAUACUCUAUAUACAAAAAGAGAAACAAAACGUUCUUGUCACUUCUUGAUAUCUACACGAAAAAUAAGUUGGACAUUAACUUGAAGGAUGAAAGUGGGUUGACCCCGUUACACUAUGCAGUACAAACUAAAGACGUCUUUUUCAUUAAAACAGUAUUGGGGGUGCCCGGGAUCAACGUGUAUAUUGGAGAUAAUGAUGGCCAAAAUCCCUUUGUGUUUUUCUUGCGGUUCCACGAUGAGCCGACGGUGAAAGAGUGCAUCCACGCUUUUGUGGGAGCGUCUCGAGUCAUCUUAAACAACAGAAUUCCGUCGGGGAAAUAUAAAGGGGACUUCCCAUUGAAUGUUGCAUUCCAAAACCCCCAUUGUAUCGGGUUUCUUCUCGAGACCAUUCUGAAGAGUGGCGCGGUGCCCGAUGUGACGAACUUCUCGAAUGAAGUUCCCCUUCAUUUUGCUGUGAAUAAGAAGCGUCUUGAUUUAGUGUUACUUCUACUCAAAUAUGGAGCGAACAUUAACAUCAAAAACGUCUCUGGCAACUCGCCGCUCUCACUUGGAUUGAAACAAGAAAACAAGAUAGCUGCAGUGAUGAGUCUUGUUGAUAACAUUCACAUCAAAAUGCGGAAGGAGUACUCCCUCACACUCCAAUUUGACUUGCCUCGGUUCAUUGGAAUUGGGUUGUUUACUGACGUUGGGUAUUCCCAAGGGAUUCGCAAUAUGAUCGCAUCGGGUGGGGAUCCAGACGUCGUCAAGCGAUUGAUGGACUUGAUUCAAAAAGCCAAAGCUGAUUUCAUGGAGACUCGUGAGAGUUUCAACUUGUUGUAUUAUCGUGAAGAAGAGGACGAGGAGGAGGAUGACGAGAAGAAGAAAAUAGAUGCCAAAGCAAUUGAGUUUCUUGGUGAGAACAUCUCAAAUACGCACAAAUUUGGUCUUGGGUUGUAUGGGGAUGUCAUUCGAGCUCGACACAAAAACAAAACUGUUGGGUUAGAGUUCUUGUUAGACUAUUCCGUCGAAGAUAUGAAGAAUUUAGAACAAGUCAUCAAUGAGCACUACGUCCCGCUCAAGCAUGACAAUAUCUUACAACUUUAUGGUACAGUAUUUGAAGAAGGGAGUUUGUGGGUGAUAAGUGAGUAUACGGACAGAGGGUGUUUAUUUGAUUUGUUGCAAGGUCCCAAAUUAGACUGGGACAUGAUGAAUCAAAUCUGUAUUGAUAUGGCUGAGGGGCUUCUGUUCCUUCAAGAACAUGCGAUAACACACGGGGGCCUGAAUUCAACAAAAGUAUUUAUGACAUUAGACGGGCAUGCCAAAAUCGGCGAAUAUGGAUGGAAAGGUAUUCUACCUCGUAAGACGGACAAGCACUUGAUCACCAUAGAAUUGGCUUUCAUGGCGCCAGAACAGUUACAAGACCCCCCAGUCGACAGUCCUGAUGCAGACAAAUACAGUUAUGGGAUGAUCGUUUGGGAGAUCAUUCUCCGUCUUAUAACAGGCGAGCAUGUCAUUCCUUAUUACUCCGAUGAAGAAAAUUACACUGCUGAGACGGAUCAAUCCAUCAAAAAGAAGAUCAUGAGUGGUAACAUACCCACUAUCGCUACUCGUGAGAACGCUCAAGUAUUUACUGCACCUCCACGCCUCGGGAAAUUAUACAAAAACAUUUGUCAGAUCAAGCCUGACCUUCGAUGGGCUUGGGACAAGAUCAUAGAGGAGUGGACUCAAUUUGAAGAUGAAGUCAAAAAUGAUCCCAAAAAGUGGAAGAAUUGUUUGCAAACAGAUGGUAAUCUGUGUCCCGGUGAAUAUGCUAAUAAGAAGUUUAAAUUGACACGUGCUUCAGAGACUGUUAUUCAGUAA